CUGCAUCAACCACCGUCACCCGUGAGCUCAGGCUGGCAAUCCUGACAACCAUGUCUGAGCAGGAAAGAAAAGAGAUCAACGCUUUCAUCUCUUUUUUCGCAACUUUUAACCUAGCCCGGCCAGUCACCACCGUCGCAGAUCUCAGCGAUGGCGCCGCCCUCUUCGAUGUUCUCGCUCUAGUAGAUGCAGAGUACUUCAGGCAGUCUAGCAGGUCCUCUGCACAGCUCUCCGAUAAUUGGGUUCUCCGGUUCAGCGCUCUCAAACGUCUCUACCGACUCCUCACGCAGUACUUUGCUGAAGUCUUGCAGAAACCUACCAGCGGGCUCGAAGUCCCGGAUUUGCAAGCUAUUGCGAAGGAUCGCCAUGUCGGUGCGACGCUCAUCAUGUGCCGGAUAACGAUCGCGAUCGCGGUGCAGUGCGAGCAGAACAAGGAGAUUAUUGCCCGGAUUCAGCAGUUGAAUGAGGGAGACCAGCAUUUUUUGAUGAAGGCUAUUGAGCAGGUGAUAAGCAAGAUCAGUGCUUCGCAAGGGGAUAUCAGUGUUAGAGAGGCCAGCAUGACAGAGGACGACCAUUACUACCUCAUACAGUCCGAAAGAAGCCAGAUCCUUUCAGAGAAGGAGACUGUAGAGAAGGUCUAUCAGGCUCUUCUUGAAGAGCACCGGACGCUACAAACAAAUUUCGACGAUGCGGUGUCUGAAAAGGACGAUGCGUUGACACGGUUACGCGAAGCACAAAGGGCCAUUGAGAGCAAACGCAACGACAAUGCGUAUGGGAAUAUGCGCGCUGAGAUCGAGCGUCUUCGCACUGAACUCCAAAAGAGCGAAGACAAUCUUGCCAUGGCGGAGGCUGAGCUUGACAAACACACGUCGUUGGUGACUGAUCUUACACGGCGAAUCGACGAGUUGCAGGUCAAAGCCGACGAGGCUGCGCGCCUCAAAGACCAAGUGGACGAGUAUGUGUCAUACCUCGAUCACUUAUUCACAUUGGCGCUCAACACACAUAGUACAAGAAGAAAACUCCAGGAGGGCGCCGACCUUCGACAACACGUCAAGUCGCUGGAGGCACAAAAUGCCGAUCUCGUCGACAAGAACGCAGCGCUUGAGGAGGACUACCGCAAGGUCGCCGCAUUCAAGCCACUCAUAGAAUCCUAUAAAAACCAGAUAGCUGAACUUGAAGGAAAGGUUUCAACACGGUCACAAGAGGUCGAGACAGUAAAGUUCGAGUUGGAACAAUCCCGUACGAAGUUGAAGAUUACUACCGAGGAGCGCAAGAAGGAUACCGAGAUGUUGGAGCUCUACCAGGAACGUAUGCGCGAGAUGGAACUAACUACACAUCGGGCACCCACUACAUUGAGAACGGAAACGCAGGCGACAGAUCCUACGGAGAACAACGAUGAGCUCACUGAGGAAGACCUCAUGGGCGACUCGUUUGGUCUUGAUGGAGAGUUAGAUGAUGCUAUUACAGGGACGACGAUGACGGAUUUGAAGCUGCAGGUGAAGAAGUUGCAACGGGAGUUGGAAUCAGUCAAGAAGAACGAGGCCGAUGCCAGCCGUAUACUUGUCCUCGAGAACCUGCUAGAGGACGCUAAUAGGAUGAAGGCACGGUACGAAGCGGAUUAUAUGACCGCACACCGAGAAAAGCUGGUGUUGCAACGCGACCUUGAGGAAAUCCGAAGUGGCAAAGCGCUAGGAGAUGGGCCGGAAGCUGCGAUUGCGCUACGACAACGUCUUAACGAGACGGUGGAUCAGUUAGAUUCUUUGCGGAAAGAGCACGCCGAGCUUGAAGUUUCCUUUGAGACUCAGAAGAGGGAGUUGACAAUUGCCAAAUCGGAUCUGAAUCUUGUAAACAAGGACCAGCUCGACAUUCUUUCAUCAUUGCGAGAAUCCCUCAACGAAGACAAGGCGGGGAUGGAAGCUGAUAUGAAUCGUUUAAAGAACCAGAUCAGGGAGCUGAGCGAUAAGAAUAAGAUGCAAUUGGAGCAGGUCAAUGCGCUCCUGCUAGAGAAGGUGAACCUGCAGAACGACGGUAUUGGUCAGAGGGAGAAGAUGCUCCAGCGUGAGCGAGUGUUUGGUGACCUGCGAGCGUCGGUCUCUGGCAAAGAUGUACCAGAAGAUAUCAAGGCAAGGCUAUUGAGUUUGCAUGAAGACAACGUGGUUAUCAAGGAGCAAUUGAAAACCGCUCAAGAUAAGCUUGCCAAAGCACGGCAGUUCAUCAAGUCUCAGGACAAGCUUUUCAAGGAGGAGCAAGCCAAACUCGGUGGCCGUUCGACGUCCUCUUUCGAAGAGGCUGAGGGAAGCUUCCAAAGUCAGAUUAAAGAUUUGAAGGAGGAAGUUCAACGCGAGAGGGCGAUGCGCCUCGACCUCGAGAAACAAUACCACAAAGAGCAAGCGCUGAUGUCCAGCUGCGUAUUCAACCACGGCAUGGCGAAGCUUCGAAACGCAUCAAAUCCGUCGAAAGGCAAGCCUGCUCCCACUGCAUGGCUCCCGCGACAACGGAAUGCGCUUGGAUCUGGACUUCAACGGUAGUUCUCUCUUCAUCAUGACCGCUCAUACAUACGUUUAGUUUUUCUGCACCUAAUUCGGAGGACCCUCAUCAAAUAUACCCCUGCAUUGUUCACCACACAUUCCUUUGUUUGAUAUCAACCUUUUCAUCCUUAGAGAUCAUCACCUAUAGACAGAGGUGUGCAAUCGAGAAGUUCAAGACACUGACCUGUCGUAACUUGGGUGUUCCCUACACAGUGUGGUGACAGCAUGACCGAUCAUGUAAUUAGGUGGUCGUUUGGUUCCAGAGUCAAUAACUGAUUCAAUUCAACAAUCACAAAGAA